CGGCGGCGUCGCUCCCGUCCCUUCCCGCGGCCGCGAUGUCGCUGCUCCGCGGGCCGCGGCCCCGCACCGCCGGCAAGAAGGGCCCCAGAAAGCCGGCGGCAGCCAGGCGGGACUGGGAUAGUACCGUCCAUGAUUUGACAGUGCACCGUGCAACUCCUGAGGAUAUUCUCCGUCGCCGUGAAAUACACAAAUCAAAAAACAAAGCACUGGCACAUCUGGAACUCCAGGAGAAAGCACUGAACAGAAAAUGGAAGAAGCAAAAGCAGCUGGAUGCGGAUUCAUUGGAGAAAAGGAAAUUGGCUCUGAUGCGUGAGAUUCUGUCUGAUCAAUACCAUUUGCAAGAUGUAUUGGAACGAUCUGGUCAGGUUAUGGCUGUGGCAAAAGACUUGCUUGGGGAUGCUCCUCGCACACGAACAGGUAUUCCUAAUGUAACAAUGGCUCCUAACUGUGACCUAGAAUCAUCUCAAGGACCCAUUGUACAAAAAAGUCAUCUUCCCAGUCAGCUUUCCACCCUUAGUGAAUCUGUCAUGGAUUUCCAGGUUUUUAAUGAAGAGGAGGAGGAAGCAUUAUCAGAAGAUGGACACCAUGACGUUUUGGGUUUCAAAUCCAGCAUCAGUUCUGACAGGCUGCUUCGGUUGUUGAGAGAAGAAAAUUCCUUGGUGAAUUCUCAGUUGUGGGUUGAAAAGGAUAUGAGAAAAACCACCUUACCACAGAAGUCAGAUGCGCCUUGCACUCCCACAGCUGUUUCUCCUUCAUUGGAUCAGUCAGCUCUCAAUUCUACCAGUGUAAUCAAGAGAACCCAUUCAAGACUUCAGAAUGAAGAUGAAGAAGAGUCUGUAGACUCCGGUGACAGUGUGAGACAAGUGCUGAAUCCGAACUCAAGGAAACAAAAACAAAUUGCAGCAAAGAUGAAAAGAAAGCAAGCUGCACAGAACUCUGCAAGACAGAAGAGAGAUGAUUCUCCAACUAAUUUAAUCCAGACUAACCUUCAAAGGGACAACAGAUCCGGUCUAGAUGUUCUCAACCACAUGAUCCAGGAAGUAGAGCGUGAACUGGAGGAAUAUGAGCGAUGUACAGGACGUGAGGUCCAAAAAAAAGAGAGAAGUGAAGGCCUGUCUGGGUUUACUCUGUCACUGGUGAACGCCCUCUGUCGUUUGAUGCGUUACCUCAGAGAGGUGAGAGACUUACAACUGCUCCUGGAAAGUGAAUGAAAAAGGGUGUAAAGUUAUUUUACAGAUGUGAACUUUGGUCUUUUCUGGCUUCAAAUCAUUUUACAUUGAACUCUGAUUAUCAUUGCUUAUUUGCUAGAUUUGCAUACAAUUAGGAGGUAAAACUUGUGGUUUGUCAGGAGCUGGUUAGUAAUUGGUAUCCCUUGGAAUGAAAAUGGAAGAGUUGACUGCAGUGAAAGUCUCUCGGUGUCUAAGAGUAGAAAACAGCAAUUGAAAUAAUUUUAAAUUUGUUCUUUACAUGUACUCAGAGUUGUAACAGAGUAAUAAGUACAGCAUUGUUUACAAAUUCAUUUUUUUCCUUUGCCUCCCAAAGGUGAUGCUGUUGUCACCAGAGCAGUGGACCCAAAUCCCCUAUUUUCCUUGAGGGAUUCCUUAGUCCUCUUUCACUAUCCGUAACAGAAACUUUACCUCAAGU